UAUACUUUUAACUUUUCAAUGGAACAAAAUAUUGAACAUUUUCCUUAUUAGUCGAUUUAAUCAACUUUUGAAGCAAGUAAACCUAAAAGACCUUAUUAAAAAAUUUCUUAAGAGACUAGAUCUUAAAUUCUGCAUGCUUUGACAGUUGAGAAACUCCCUUUAUGCAAUGUAAGUUGAUUUUUACAUUUUAAAAGGUAGCUGAAAUGUUUAAAACGAAGGCCUGUACAUGUAAGGCAAUUUUACAAACAUAUGAGUUGGAGGGUAGAAGAGAGAAGAAAACAAGUAGAAGAGAACGAGUGGAAAUAGAUUCACACCUUAAAAUUAUUGUUAUAGACCCUUUGGGUCGUUCGAACUAUGAAUACAUUAAUAUUAAACAUUCUAAAGUAUAUUAUAUAAACUUAUUAAAAUAUUUUAGAUGUAUACAGAAGAAAAAGAACUGAGUCGAAAGGAACAAAAAUAACUCAGAAGAAGAUUGUAAUAAGAAAUAAUAACUUAAUUGGAGGAACUCUAAACCGGAUGUUAUAAUGUUUAAUAGACAAUCUCAUAGGAUAAUCAUACAGAUGAAAAAGCUCCAGGCAAUAUUGUUCGAGGGGUCAAUAUGAGUUUAUAAUUAAUUUAGUAAAAAUUAAAAUUGGAUGGAAUCAGUCUAGGUAAGUAGGAAAAAAAAAAGUCUAAGGAAUUAAAAAAAGUUUAGUAACAAACUACAUUAGAGGAUAUGAUAAAAGUUGAAGAAGGAAAGAGUAAUUAGAAUUCUGUUAUAUAAUAAGAAUAAAAAUUUGAAAUCACAAAACCAAAUAUGGUAUAUGAAUUAGGAUAGAAUUAUGUUAAAAUUAAACAAUUCAUAGAAAAUGUUAAUUAAAAAUCCUAACUAAAUCCAUAAAUUAUUGAUAAAUUAAACUACUUAACAAAUGAAACAAUAUUUUAAAUGAGUCUGAAUUAAAGAUUGUAAGAUAAAGAUUUUUAGGUAUCAAUUUUAAAACGUAAUGUGUCUAGAUACUUAAAAUAAUUUUUUUUAAGUAAUUGA